AUGGGCGAGCACUCCCUGCUUCCGGACGGGGUCUUCUCUCUGCUUGAUACAGAUUUGUACAAGCUGACGAUGCAAUGCGCGAUCCUCAAAUACUUUCCGGACGUCCAGGUUACCUAUGGCUUCACGAACCGAACCCCGCAUAUGAAGUUGACGCGAGGUGCAUACAAAUGGAUGCUGGCUCAAAUGGAUAAGCUCGCAAAUAUCCGCGUUACAGAAGACGAAAUUGCGUUCCUCAAAAGGCGCUGCCCUUACUUUAACACCGCCUACCUGGACUUCCUGACGAAUUUCCGCCUCAAGCCCUCCGAGCAGAUUGAUAUAAACUUUACACCCGUAAAUGAUACAGGAAGCGACAGUGACUUCGGCGACAUUGAUUAUAUAGUCAAGGGUGCCUGGGUGGAUACGAUCCUAUAUGAGAUCCCCUUACUGGCCCUGACUAGCCAGGCAUACUUCAUGUUCAGCGAUAAGGACUGGAACUACGAGUGCCAGGAAGGGAAGGCAUACCGGAAGGGAUAUGUUCUGCUAGAGAAUGGCUGCACCUUUUCAGAGUUUGGGACCAGGCGGCGCCGCAGCUACCACACCCAGGACCUUGUUAUGCAGGGGCUCUGUCGGGCUGCUAGGGAGGGAAAGGCCAAGGGUUUACCAGGUGUCUUUACCGGCAGUAGCAAUGUCCACUUUGCGAUGAAGUAUGAUGUUGAUCCGGUCGGGACAGUAGCGCACGAGUGGUACAUGACCAUUGCAGCGAUCACGGACGACUACGAGAAUGCAAACGAGAUGGCCCUGAAGUACUGGCUUGGUUGCUUUGGUGAAGGUGUCCUCGGGAUCGCACUAACAGACACCUUUGGCACCCCUGCCUUCCUCGACGCUUUCCGCAAACCUAUCCCCGAUUAUACCUCCGCCGGCACUGGCGCCGUCUCAACAACAGCUUCAGGGCCCAGCACGACUGCCGAAUCCAAUAUUCAGAGCGAAGCCGAAACCAAAGCCCCCAUCACAGCGCCGCUUUCCCCAGACCACCCUCCACCCGCCGUUAAAACGUAUGCCCAGGUCUACGCAGGCGUACGUCAGGACUCAGGCGACCCAUCUUAUUUCGUAAAGAUGGCCCGCGAUUUCUACGACCGUGAGGGCAUUACAGGGACAAAGACAGUGGUAUUCUCGGACUCGUUGGACAUCGAGCACUGUCUUGAGUAUAAAGUUCUAGCAGAGGAGGCUGGGUUCAAGCCUGUUUUUGGCGUUGGGACAUUCUUCACGAAUGACUUCAUCAAUACAACCACGAACGAAAAAUCGCAACCGCUCAACAUUGUCAUAAAAAUUUCCUCUGCUAAUGGCCGGGCCGCUGUCAAGCUAAGCGACAAUAUGGGCAAGAAUACGGGCGACAAGGAUACAGUCCAGGCUGUCAAGAAGAGGCUGGGGUACGUCGAGCAUGAAUGGGAAGAAGGUGAUGAGCGGAAUCGGUGGGCUCGGAAGUGA